AUGGAAGAGAGAAAAGAGGAGAGAAGCCUGCGGCCACCGCCGCAGCCGCCCUUGCCGUCGCAGCAGCCCCUGCAGCCGCAACCCCCGCCGGCGGCGGUUGCAGAGGGAAAAGAGAGGCCUUUUCGUGGAGUAAGGAUGAGGAAGUGGGGGAAGUGGGUAGCAGAAAUAAGAGAACCUAACAAGCGAUCGAGAAUAUGGCUCCGGCCCUACUUUACUCCCCUAGCGGGCGCCAGAAGCUUCGCCGUCUACCCUCUCCGAGGCCGCUCGGCGCGGCUUAACUUUCCCGAUGAGCUCGAUCCAGAAGAAGCGACCGGCGGACUAACAGCUGAAGUUAACGCCGCUAGUCUAUCGUCGGCGACCAUAAGGAAGAAAGCGAGCGAGGUAGGGUUACGAGUAGAUGCCCUGCAACAGCAGGGUUUAACGGCGAAGUCUUCGAGGUCGUGUAAGAAUCCAGACCUUAACCAGCAGCCGAGCCCCGAGAGUUCGGACGACGAUUGA